GUUCCUCCGUGUCCGCCUGGUUCCCGCGGGGAUCGCCGAAUAAUCGCUAUCACGCACCCGCCCCGCCGGGCGGAAGGGUGCUCGUUCACUGCUCUGAUGGCUCUGCCACCUCCGGAUCCACAGUUUGUGCUCAGAGGUACCAGUGCUGCAGUCCACACCCUGCAUUUUUCCUGUGGAGGCCCAGAACCUGAUAUCCCCCUUCUUUUCUCUGGGUCUGAGAGUGGGUUUAUCCAUGUCUGGAACCUGAGAACACACAGAGUGGACACAGCAUUGGAUGGCCAUGGAAGAAAAUCUGUCUACUGCGUGGAGACGAUGGGUGGUAAAGACAGGCUUCUCAGUCAGGGGCGCGACCAGAGGAUCUGCUUGUGGGAUUUAGCAGAGGGACGGACUUCAGUGACGGAUUCUGUCUUCACGGAGCAUGUGGGAUUCUGCAGAUGCUCUCUGUUAAAGGUGGCACAGGGACGCUGGCUAAUGGCCGUGGCAGCCAGAAGCCUGGAGGAGGUUCAGAUUUUGGAGCUGCCAUCCAAGACGUCAGUCUGUACCUUGAAGCCAGAGGUGGGUGCCAAGCUGGGCAUGCCCAUGUGUCUGAAGUUAUGGCAGCUCAGCUGUGGUUCACAACCUGUGCUUCUGGCUGGCUAUGAAGAUGGAUCAGUUGUCCUCUGGAAUGUGUCAAUGGGAAAAGCGUUGAGCCAACUCAUUUGCCACCAGGAGCCAGUGAUGAGCCUUGACUUUGACUCGGAGAAGGCCAAGGGGAUCUCGGGCUCAUCUGAAAAGGUGCUUAGCAUCUGGAGUCUCAAUGAGCAACAGAACCUCCAGGUUUACAAAACACACGAACUUGUCAACGCUGGCAUAUCUGAUAUCACCAUCCGUCCAGACAAGAAGAUUUUGGCAACAGCAGGGUGGGAUCAUCGCAUCAGGAUCUUUGGCUGGAAAAAGCUGAAGCCCUUAGCAGUGCUGGACUAUCACACAGCAACCGUCCACUGUGUGUCCUUCUCAGAUCACAGCAACCCCCAGGAGAGACUGCUGGCAGCUGGCUCCAGAGAUCAGCGCAUCAGUGUCUGGUCCAUAUAUGCUCAGACGUGACACAUCCUGCACUGCCAAGGACUAGGAAAGCAGGACUGGUGAAGCAAUUCCUUGCACUGGAAUUCAAACACGCUUGUGGGGAAGUGGCAGAAUCUGUCUCCAGGCUGAAGUGAGAGUCCUAGCUUAAUUCUUAUGCUGCUUGUUUAAUCUAUAAGUUUUGUCUUCCAUAGAGGAAAGUGAAUUUUUAAAAAUCAUAACAAGCAGAACAAGGCCAGUCACAAACAAAGACCAAAGCUGCUUUGAGUUCUGGGUUUUGCAACACCUUUCCUUUGGCAGGUUGCUGACAUAACUUGUGCCAGUAUCUUUUGUAAAAAAGGACUGGAAUCCCUCAAACUGCAGUGGGGGCAGAAUAUAUCUGUUUGUAAGUCAUUUAUGUAUCCAAGAAUCUGAAUCAAUGUAAAACAUCACUCUUUCUUGAAAAUUUAUACCCAUUAAACCACCUCCAGUGGUUUCUCAUUGUCAGUUACUUUUUCUUCCCCUUAACUGAAAGGCUAUCAGAACACCCUUGAUUUGUUCACACUUCUGUCAGUUUCUAACUUAAACCAACAGCCAGGAAUGUGACUAGGGAUGGCCUUCGGCAUUUAUGAAUUUCAUUAUGUCUCCUGUCACCUCAAGCCUCACAAUUAAUCACAAGAAAGAAAGGGAAAAAAUCUUCCCCAGCAUUGUGCUGCAAAGCUAUGUAAAGCCUUUUACAGAGCCAGUGCUAAAUCCUUUCCAUAGACUGAUGAGCUGAAGGAUUUAAACUCGGCAAUCCAAUUAGCGCCCUUCUCCUUGGAGAGUUAGGGCUAAGUUUCAGCAUGGCAAGUCUGAGAUUCAGCUGCACAACUCCCAUUAACAUUUAGGGGAAUGCCAUGGGUAAAUCCUUCGCCACACAGUGCGAAUGUUCCAUUAACUUGUCAUCCCUACAGUCAUGGAAGCUGAAAUUCAUUCAUGAAGUUUUUUUUGUUUGACUCACAAAACAGCAUUUGCAUUCUUCUAAAGUGUAUUAGACACACACCAGUGUGGUGAGAGCCAGGGUACUGCUGGAUUGGUGACAAAGCUGCAGUGAUAACUGUGUCCAGGCUGUGCACUGUUGAUACUUUAUUGGAAAUAAUUGUUUCUGCUCCUGUAGAGAGGUGGAAAUCAUAGAAAAAGUGACCGAAAGUGAAUAGCAACAUCAAUGACUUUAGAAAUUAUUUCAGGAAAAACACACAUGCAAAUUAAAGUCUGAGUCUGUUAUCCAGCUGUGCCUUACAGACAGAAUAUUGCUGGACUGAAAGCCUUAAGCACCCAGCCUGAUGUUCUUUACAUUAAAACACAGAACCAGGAUACUGUUGCCAGGCUUUUCUAAAUAAAACGUGGCCUUACACAUUUUAUAGUAUGGUGACACUUUAAAUAAUGCAUUUCUUUGAUUAUUUCUUUACUAUUCAGUAGCUGCAUGGAGGAUCACAUUGCAGUUGAAAGUUAAAGCCUAAUUUUGAGUGAUCCCAAGUCAAGGGGAGGUGACGGUGUUCAUUACAUCUACCAGACAGAGUUGCAUAUCUCCACCCAUCAUCUACCUCCCACACAGAAGAGGAGCUUCCCCCACUGUACAAGCAGCUCCAGCACCAGCCUUGUGGAGCUUUCUUUUUGUCGUUUUUCCCCUUUCUCAAAGUAGGUCAGAAGUCACAUAAAAAAACCAAUGAAAUAAAUAAGUGGUGGUGCGGGGAUCUGUCCUAGGGACUUUGCACAGAGAUUUCCUUUUGCUGUGCUGUCUGGUAUAACACCACACACGUGGCCCAGAGGGUGCCAGCAUUCCUCCUCCAUGGCAGCAAACAGCAGCCUGCUGUUGUGCAGUUUCCUCAGAACUGAGCUACAGGUUUAAUGCCCACCCAGCAGGAAAGGAUGCCAGGGCUCACCCAUCUUGGGUAAAUGGUUAAUGUAGGAAACAAUUUUUUAUGUCAAUAUUCUGGCAUUGGAACAGUGGCACCUCUCUGGAAAGAAGGAUUAAUACCCCAUGCCUUAAUAAGAGCAUUAUUAGAUCAGACCCCAAAAAUUAGGAAUUCUUGAGUAUAUUUUCUCUGAAAACCGCCAUUUACUGUCAACACCUGUAUCUAAAGCAACUAGGGAGACUCAUAAGGGAUGUUUAGAUUUACGAAUGAAUCUUUUGGAAAAUACUCUAAAGAUUACUGGGUGCUUGUAUCUAACUUACUGCCUUUUGCUGGGAAUUAAAUAUUUAUGUUUGUCUUACUAGGUAGAUUUAAAAACAAACCUAGUCAUGCAAGUACAAAUUGAAAAUGAGGACAUGAACUGCAUCUCAGACACACAGGUGAGAGUUUCAUCAGCUUCAGGAGGAAGGACACAGGUUGCAGGAACAUGCAGAACAGACAUCCUUUACUUCCCAUUACCAAAGCACUAUUCAUGCCAUACUUUUUCACAAUACAAUUAAUUCAUUAACAAUUUAUAUCACUACUGAUUUUAAUUAAACACCCAGUAAACAGAUUUUUCUUUCAUAUGAUACUUUCCUUGAAAUGAGCAACCAGACUACACUAGUUUCAUUUAAAAUUGAGCCUAAAUACCAUAGUUUAAUUGUGAAUUACAGUCUUCUAACAGUUUAUUUGCCUAAGGAACUAACCUAGACUUCCCCAAAGAAGAAUGAUUUCCAACAGGAAAGACAGUCUGUAUUAGUAUAGGCUGUAAAAUACAAUUGUCUGAUUAUAACUAUAACUGUAAAAUACAGAUGUCUGCAUCUAAGAAAUUCACAAUUUUUUAAUUAAAAAAAAAAUAAAUUUACAAUUGUGCCAUGAGCAUGGUUGUCACAAGAUUGCCACUGACUUGCUAGCAGAAGGUUGUGAGUGAAGAGCCACCUUAAGAUGCUGGAGUUAGCUCUGAAAUCUCAUCUGCCAGAAAGGAACAGGGCUAGCCUGUACCUGGCCUAGAGGAUUCAGGAGUGAAGGUGAUGACAGCUAAAUUAUUACAAAAGGCUUCCUCCCAAGAAUCACCGUCUUUGGCACCAUGAGAGGGAAGAAAGCAACUGGCAUUCGUAAAGUAAUAGAAAUAAAUCCCAAACAGCAGCAUUUGUGCAGCAAUUACAUGGAAUAUUUAUCACCACUGGAAUGAAUGGUGAUCUCUGACCCUCUAAUAUUAUUUGCAAAUGAAUCCAUUAGUUACAACUCCUUUCUCUUAUCAGUACAUGAGCCAUAAAGCACUGCAGUCCUUAGUGUAGAUGAGCAAGUAAAGAGGAGAUUAAUUGUAUUUGUAGUAAUGAGUGAAAAAGGA